AUGGGCCGGGGCUGUGGGCUGCUGGCCUCGGCGCUGGCCCUGCUGACCCUGCUGACCCUGCUGACCCUGCUGCCGUCCGCCCCCGGGAGCCGCUCAGAGGGAGGUGUGACCCCCCCACACACACCCCCCCCAAACCAGCGUCGUCCAGCACCCCUGCGACACCGGGAGGCCAGCCCCUGGGGGCCCCCGGGAAGCCCCCUUCGAAGUCACCAGCUGCUGGAGCAGCGGCGGCCCCGGUCCCCACCGUCCCCCGACGUGUGUGGUUGGAGAAGCGGACGGCACCUUCCAGGCCCCUGCAGCCUGAAGGUGGCGGCCCCCUCCUGUGCCGUGGGACUGCCACGCUCUGCAGGGGACGAGGCCCCCGAGCCGCUUCCCGGAAUGGAUGUCACCUCGGCCGCUCUCCCCAUGGGGACCCCCGUCACGAUGGCCGAGUGUGGUCAGACCAGCACCCCAACGUCGCAGCCGGCCACAUUGCCCGGCAGCCCCCGCGGCCCUCCUCCAGGACCUCUCCACGCCCGAGGCCCCCUCGCCUCCUGCCCCAGGCACGAGCGGCUGCAGCCCUGCGCUUGGUGUCACCCGGACCCCCACCAGCCCCGGGCCCCAAUGGCGCAGGCAGGUCCUGCCGCCCUCCGCUCACCGCAGGCAGCGCUGGGCCUGGGGCUCCGGGUCCAAACGGCCCCUGCAGCGGCUCUCUGCCUGGCGGUGGAUUUCGGGGAUGGAUCGGGGGUUCUGGUGAGGGUCCCCCGCACACCCGGCGACGUGGCCGUCACCGCCUGCCACCAGUACAGCACAGGAGGCGUCUACGCAGUCCGGGCGGCUGUUCACUCCGAGUCCCGCGGAGGUGCCCUGCGGCUGGGGCCUUACUACGUGGCGAUGGGCCUCGAGGGCGUGGCCGUGACCAUGAACACCAGCAGCGUCCACGGGGGCCAAGUGCUUGCCUUCGGCGGCUCCCCUGCGAGCCCGAGAAGCACCGUGGUCACGCGCCGCCCGCCCCCCGCGUCCUCCUGCACCGUGUCCUUCACUGCCCAGGCCCCCGGGGACGGAGGGCCGGCCUGGGCCCCCGUGGCCGUCCACUACCAGAUGCAGCCCGUCUCCGUCCACACGAACGGAACCGUGUUUGCCACCGACGUCGACGUCAUUUUUGUGGCUGUCACGGAGGAGACCACGCCGCUGGAGUUCACGUGGCUCUUCGGAGACGCCGCGCCCGUGAGGACGACGCGCAGGAGCGUCAGGAGGAGGCUCCGCGUCCCCGGGGGGUACCGCGUGCUGGUACGGGCUUCCAACGGGCUCGGCAGCGUGGCCUCGCAGCCCCUCCGCGUCCGGGCGCAGAGGAGAGUCGUCGCCGGCCGGCUUGUGGCGGCCCCCUGGGCCCUGGUGGGUGCCGCCGUGGCCUUCGAGUGCAGGCUCAGCUUCGGCACCGACGUGGCCUACCGGUGGGACUUCGGGGACGGCGCCGGCGGCCUGGGGAACAGCUCCGCCCGUCACGUCUACGGCAGGGAAGGAGAGGUCACGGUCCGGGUCCUGGCCUUCAACGCCAUCAGCGCCUGUUCCCUCACGAAGCGCCUGGUCAUCGUGCGCCAGCCCUGCCAGCCACCACCUGUGCGCAGCCCGGUGCCGGCGAAGGUGCAGGUGUGGCGGUCUCAGCCUGUGACCCUGGGGGUCGCCUUUGAAGCCGCCGUGCUCUGUGACAGGGCCCACGGCCUUUCCUACACCUGGACCUUCACCGACUCGGCCGGGUCGCCGGUGCGCCUGCCGCCCGCCGUCCGAGCUCACGAGCAGACCAUCACCGUCCCCAGCUACACCCUGGAGCCCGGGAACUACACGGCGCUGGCCAAGGUGCAGGUGGAAGGCAGCCCUGUGCACAGCAACUACCGCGUGGAGGUGGAGGUGCGAUCCCGGGCGCCCGUCAGCGUGAUCUCCGAGGGCACACACCUGUUCGUCCCCAGGACCCCCUCGUCCACCGUCGUCCUCCGGGGAUCCCUAUCCUACGACCCCGACAGGCCCGGGGCCGCCCUCAGGUACCACUGGACAUGCUCGCCAGCCAGCGCCCCCGGGCGCCCCUGCCUGGCCGGGCCCGCUGCCCACAGCCUGGACACCGCGGCCCCCACCCUGUCCUUCGCGGCAGACGCUCUCAGUGGCAGCUACGACCAGUUUCUCGUGACGCUGACGGUGUCCAGCCGCGGCCGGAACUCGUCUGAGGCCCAGGUGUUCCUGUCUACCCGCGCCGACCCGGCGCUCAGACUGGUGUCCGUCGCCUGGGUCGCCUUCCGAGGCCUCCCCGUGAACUGGAACGAGGGGCUCUCGCUGCGGGCGGCCUGUGAGGACUGCGGCGACGCGGCCACGCUCUCGUACUCCUGGGACCUCUUCCGGGUCAACGCGACGGGGAGGGACGUUGCAGAGGAAGUUCCGUUUUGCAGGACCGUGGGACUGCUGGGCUCCUCAGGUUUGGGGGCCGGACGGAGGUCAUCAGAGUCCUACCCACCGUCCCUGGGGCCAAGCCGGGCAGAGCCUCAUGUCACGCCUGCUGCCUUCCUCAUGGGCGCUGUGGCCACGGACCCCGGGCCGGCUGGACCUCUCAGCCCCAGGGCAGAGCCUCCUCGGAGUCCACAGGCCCUGUGCUCCCCGUCCCCGCCGAGGGUGACGCUGCGGCCCCAGACGGGGGUCCCUGGGACGUGCCGCCCUGGUGUAGGUGUGGGUCAUGUCCCCGUGGGCCCCGCCUGGCACCCACCCCUGCUGCUCACUGAGCCUGCCCCUCCUCCCUUCCUCGGGACACUGGCCAUCCGGCUGCAGCCCAGAGGAGAGCAAGGCCUGUCCCCAGGCCUCAGCAUCCAGCCCGCGGGUGACCACGCAGAGCCCCGCCCACCGGGGGGCGGGGACCAGGACGCUGCCUCGCUCUGCCCGAUGGCCUCCCAGGGAUUCGCGUCCGCGGGGCGGGACCCGGGGGGGCUGCCCGGGGGUGGGGGGGGGGACUUCGAGGCUCAUUACGGUGACAUCCAGGAAGCAGCGCCGGCGGAAGGGAGGUGGCCGGCCGACUCCUCCCCCGCGGUCCUGCCCCCGCCCGUGCCCCCUCCCUGCGCCCCACUCUGUCCCCUCCUGGCGCCCCCCACCGCCAGCGUCUCGCUGCCCCGGGCGGGGGGGCCUCCUCGUGCCCUUUCCCAGCGUGCUCACCCGGACGCCGGCCGCGGCCUCGCUCUGCAGGGCGGCCGUUUCCAGGAGCCGCACCUGGGCGUCUGGGGCCGAGCACACGUGUGCCGAGUGAAUGCCACGGCCCACGGGUCACGUGGCAACCGCGUUGCUCUCGACCGCGGGCCCACAUCCACCCGCCAGCGCCAGCACCGACCGCCGGUGCCUGACGAGAGCCCCAGGGAUGGGGACCACCUGCUGGGCCCCUUCCUCUCCACCCGCGGCGCCGGGCCUGCUCUCCUGGUCGACUGGCCCAAGUCCCCCGUGAGCCGGGCUGUCUUCCACGGCUACACCGCGUCCGGGACCGCGGGACAGACGGUGACAGUGAAGCCGUACUCGCUGAGCCCUGGGGCCACCUACGUCCUGCAGGCCACUGUGGCUUCGGGGCUCCGCUUCCUGGGGAAAGCUCAGCUGUACUUGACCGUCAACCCCCCGCGGGGCAUGGCCUGCCAGGUGCAGCCGCCCCGCGGCCUGGAGGCCCACACCGUCUUCAGCGUCUUCUGCACUUCGGGCCGACCGGACUUCCGCUACGAGUUCCGCUACCGGGUGGGGGACGCCGCCCCACGCACCCUGCACCGGGGGACCGACGCCCAGCACUACUUCGUGCUGCCCGCGGGGGAGCCCGUGGACGGGCACCAGGUCCUGGUGUCCACCGUGGUCACCGACGGCGAGGGCUCCCAGACGCAGCCGUGUGCCGCCGCCGUGACCGUGCUGCCCCGUCGCCAUGGGGACGGCUGCCCCGGCGAGGACGUGUACACCUCCAGCCUGAAGAGCCUGUCCGCCCUCCGGCUGGUGGCGAGUCCCGCGGAAAUCCGGAACUACGUCUCCGUGACCGCCAGCGACCUGAGUCGCUGGGCGAGGGACGGGAGCCCCUCCUGCGGCCUGUGGCCGCGCAUCCAGGACGCGCUCGUUUCUGCGGCGUGCACCCCCGCCCCCCGAGACCAGGAGGACGCGGCCGACUGGGUUCUCAUGCUGCGGGACCUCCUCCGCUUCCCCAACAAGGGCUGCCUGUUGGCGGGCUGCGAGCACCAGCUCCACGUGAACGCCGGGCGGAUGGAGUUCCGCUCGCAGCUCCACCGCCGUGCCGGGAGCGCCACGCUGGGCCUGGGCCCGGUGCGGGUGCAGCUGCCCGCGGACCUCACUGAACAGGAGACGCAGAGCCCCUGCUACGUCAGCCAGCUCUCGCUCUUCCGGGGCAGCCCCGCCCCGUGGGGGGGCGCGCCUGGCCAGGUGGGUGCGGUGCUCGCCCUGGCCCUGCACUGCUGCUCCGGCAGGAGGCCCCUCCGCACCCAGCGGCUGAGGACGCCCGUGACCGUGGAGUUUGGGGAGGAAGACGGCCCGGGCGACGGCGGGAACGAGACGGCGUUCGUGCUGCGUCGGGACCGAGUGCACGUCCACCGCCUGGCGGGGCUCUCGGUGGCCCCCCCGGAGGCCCUGCAGGUCCGGGUCACGUUCUCACGGCCGGCCGCCAGGGCCUUCCCAGUCCUGCUGCUGCUGAGGUUCUCGGAGAGGCCGACGCCGUCCCGGUUCCUGGUGAAGCAGACACACUCCUGGGAGGGGCUCACGGCGCACCUGUCCGUGCCGGCCCCGUCGCUGCGAGGCCCCGCCCAGGCGUACCUGUCCUUGCUGGACGCGGACUACGACAGGGACCCUCCGGACAGGCACCUGGCCGAGGCCGUGGGCUACACCCUGCGGGUCCAGGGCGUCCGCUGCCUGCUCUGGGACGCGAGGCGGUGGGCACCCGCGGGCCUCCCCCCGCAGCCGGGCGCCUCUCUGGGGAAAGUGAGCUGCAGCUACAACCGCCCCGGUGCCGCCUUCUCCCUCGCGAGGAGGGACCUGAAUUCCACCUUCGAGACGGGCGACGUCUCUGAGCUGCGGGGGCGCCCGGCAAACCCGCUCCCCGGCGCCGUGGUGGCGGUCUGUGCGCUCCUGUACGCGCUCCUGGCCGUGAGGGGCCGGCGCGUGGACCGUCGUGAGAGGAGGCAGACCGGCCACGUGUUCCUACAGGAGGCGUGCCACCCAGGACACCAGCUCUACGCGGUGGUCAUGGACACCGGCUUCCGGGCUCCGGCCCGCUGCACCUCGAAGGUUUACGUUGUCUUGUGUGGUGACGACGGGCUCUCAGGGCCCAGAGAACUCUGCUGCCCUGGGAAGCCCCUGUUCGAACGGAAUUCCAGGCACACCUUCGUCCUCAGCACCCCGGCCCCGCUGGGCCCGCUCCGGAAGGUCCGCCUGUGGCACGACAGCCACGGGGCGUCUCCCACCUGGUACGUCAGCCACGUGAUGGUGCAGGAGCUGCACACCGGACCGGGGCUCGGACGCGGCUGGUUCUUCCCCGCCGAGUGCUGGCUGGCCGCUGGCCGGCAGGACGGCCGUGUGGAGCGGGAGCUGGCCUGCCUGCGCGGGGGCCUCGGCUUCCGGAAGCUCCUGUACUCCAAGUUCACGGAGCUCCUGGAGGACUUCCACGUGUGGGCCUCCGUGCACAGCCGGCCGGCCGGCAGGGGCCUCCCGCACACGCCACGACUCAGCGUGGCCUUCGCCCUGCUGUGCGCCCACGCCUGCCUCGCGGCCCUGGUCACCGCCGCGGGACACGAGCAGCCACGCAGACUCCGGACGACCCGCCCGCUGCUGCUGUCGUUGCUGCAGCUCCUACCAGGGACCGGCCCCGCUGGCGUGCCCCUCGAGCUCUUCCGGACCGGCUUCCUGUGCACCCUCCUGGCGUCCCCGGGGGCUCAGCUCCUGUCCCUGCUCUUCCGGCUCGGCCAGGUACCCCCACCCCGUCCCAGCCUGCGAGGCCCUGACCUCGGGGGGACCCCGGGACCCUGCCCUGAGCCCUGUCCUUGCCCUGCAGGAAGCCCGAGGGCCCCGCCGAGUGCAGCCGCACCCACCCCCAAGAGCAGCGCCGGCCGCAGCACCUCCAGGACACCGCAGGUCCGGACGCCACCCAAGCCCCCGGCCGUGCGUCUGAGGGGCUCGCCAUGUCCCGGCGGCCCCGGGAGCCUCCGCCUGUGGCUGGGCACGGCAGCGUGGGCCAUCUGCGGGACGGUCGCCGUGGCCUGUGGCUCGGGAACAGGACUCCUAGGGUACAGGUUCAGCCCCGCGCGGUGUGAGCAGUGGCUGGGCCUGCUGGCCGUCUCUGUGACCUGCUGCGUCUUCGUCACCCAGCCCCUUAUGAUCGGCCUCGCGGCUCUGCGCUUCGCCUGGAAGAGGAGAAACGACGAGAACUUCUUCACCGAGUCUUUACGAGAAGCCACCGAGGGCCUGGACGCCGACCUGGAGGCGCUCUUUCGCGGCCACUCGCCCCACGAGCCCGGUGGCAGCGACCCCCAAGGAGCUGACACGGUGGAGAGCGCCGUGGCUGCGCGCCAGCAAGCUCGCCGCCUGCGCUGGGCGCGUCCCCCGUGCACAGCCCGGCUCAGGGCCACCCGGGAGAGGAUGAGGCGGCAGACCCGCGCCCGGGAGGUGCUGAGAGACGCCGGCCUGGCCGCCCUCACGCUGCUGCUGCACCUGUGCGUGACCCACGGGGCGGCCCCCCGGGGCGAGCACGCUCUGCACCGCGCCAUCCGGGACACCUUCGCCAGAGAAGCACCCAGGAGCGCCGUGGGUGGCCUGAGCAGCGUGGACGCCUGGUGGGCCUGGAGCCUGAGCACGCUGCUGGACGGCCUGUACCCGGAGAGCGGGUCUGCUGACGGCGGCUCACCGGGCACACAGGUGGGCUUCCCUCUGGUCCUGACCACCCUGCCACCGUGGGGCGGGACCAUCAAUGGCGCAUCCCGUUCCCUGCUUCCACCCCCUCCCCACCCCUUGCUGCCAAACUUCCCCAGGUCCCUGCGUUUGCUGCCCGGCGCGCUCGGAGGGAAGUGCUACCUGCUGGCCCCGCCCGUCCUCCGACAGCUCAGAGCCCCCCCUGGGAGUCCGUGCCAGCUUCCCGGGCCGCUCUCGGCGCCCACCGAAGACCCGCUGCCUGAGCGUCACCCUGAAACCCCCUCCGUGACCGGCGCCGAGGCCCAGGGAGCGGCCCCGAGGGCCCCCAAGGCCUGCGGGGAGGGCUGUGAGCUCCGCCUGGGCAGACCAGGUCAGUGUGCCGAGGGUCAGCGCGUCCCCUCUGGCCCCUGCUCGUCGCUCUGGCACGCCCGGCGGGCGCGAGGUGCACUCACCGCCGCCCCCCCCCCCCCCGAGAACGCCGAGGCUGGUGCCCCCGCGCCACGACCGCAGACGCAGCAGGAGUCGGAGGGACCGGCAGGGCCUGGGCUGGACGCAGCCCCGCCGCACGGCGCCCACCCACACUCUCGCGUGCUCUGCAGGCCGGCGGCCCUCGCAGCCCUGACCGGCCUCCGCGCCCGGCGGUGGGUCGACCGCUGCACCCACGCCGUGUCGGUGCGCUUCGCCCUCUACAGCCCCCCCACCCGCCUCCUCUCCAGCGUGUCCCUGAGCGCCCAGCUUGGCCCCGCCGCCGGGAGCCUCGCCCUCUCCACCCGGGUGGAGGCCGUGUCCGUCUUCCACAGCGACCCCGCCCCGAGGGUCCGCCUCCUGCUUCCCCAGCUGGCCCUCCUGGCGCUCACCCUGGCCCACCUGUGCCUCCAGCUGCACGGCCUGGCGGAGGAGGGCAUGCGCGGCUACUGGCGGCGGCCAGGGAACUGGCUGGAGGUAGCCCCUCUGUCGUGUCUUCCCGCACUCACGGCCGCUGUGCUGCCCGUCGCCGCAGCGGGCCUCGCCUGGUUCGCAGCCCGUGGCCGCCUGCUCUCCCUGACUGCGGAGGUGGCCGACCAGCUCCAGCGGGGGCUCCGGCCGGGGUCUGUGGACCUCAGUCACGUGGCUUCGUGGGCUCAGAGGGCGCGGUGGCUGCAGGGAGCCCUGUCCUUCCUCCUGGCCCUGAGGUGCCUCCGUCCGCUCGGCUGGCAGAGCGCCACGGCGUCCCGCUCGCUCUCGGGCCUCCUCCCACCAGCGGUGAGGGCCCCCCUCCCCCCCCAUCGAGUUACCGCCCAGUUAGCGUCCCUGGCCGGGACCCUGGUGCUGGCCGCCCACGCCCACCUGCGUGCGACUCCGCUCUUCGCCCGGGCCCCACCGUCCGGCACCUUCGCGGAGGCCUUCCAGCGGCUGCCGUUCCGUUUUCCGGGAAGCGGCCAAAAAGGCACCUUCCUGGGCCUCCCCAGGUCUGACCUGCGGGCGGCGUCUGGGUGCUGCGCGGCCCUCCUCGCAGCAGGGACGGCUCUGUGGUUUGCGCUGCUGAGAGGGUCCCUCCGGGCUUUUACCCCCAAAAGGAAAUCCUUCCGACGCCGGUCUCUCGUGGCACCGGGAGACCUGAUGGCCUACACCUGGGAGCAGGCGCGCUCCGCGCUGGGGCUGCGGAGGCCCGCGCUGGAGGAGGAGGCGGGGCCUGCCGAGAGUCACGCCUGCCCGCUGGACGAGUUCGCAGGUCUGCUGGACGAGCUCCUGCGGAGGGUCGAGGGCUUGUCCGACAGCCCCCAGCCGCCUCCCGAAGAAGGGCAGGACGCGCCGGCGGCCGGGGCGGAGGGCGGCCCCUUGGGGGCAGCUUCUGAUGGCCGAGCACCGGGGGUGAGCGCAUGAGAAUGUACU